AUGGCCCCCGUCCCCAUAGCCAAAAUACAAGAAUCAGAAUACCCAUUCGACCUCGGCACCUUCGGUCGCCCCAUAACAACCUCCAACCCCUCCACCCAAACCUGGUUCAACCGCGGCCUAACAUGGGUCUACACCUUCAACCACAAAGAAGCCGUAACGUGCUUCGAGCAGGCCAUCGCACACGAUGAGUCCUGCGCAAUAGCCCACUGGGGCCUCGCGUACGCCCUCGGUCCAAAUUACAACUACGCCUGGGAGUUCUUCGGCGAGAAUCUAGCCGAUGCCGUACGCCGCACGUACGAGGCGUCACAGCGCGCAUUGGCCCUCGCGGCUACCGCGACGCCGAUUGAACAGGCGUUGAUAAAAGCCAUUCAGGCAAGAUUCCCGAGCGAUAAGCCCGUGGAUAACAUGGAGCAGUAUGCAGCGCAGAACCGGGCGUACGCUGACGCGAUGGAGGGCGUAUAUGACGCCUUCGGGGCGGACGAUCUGGAUGUUGCAGCGCUGUACGCAGACUCGAUUAUGAGUCUGACGCCGUGGAAAUUGUGGGAUUUGAAAACGGGGAAGCCGAACCCGGGGACCAGGACAUUAGAUGCGAAGAGGGUGCUUGAGGUCGCGCUGCGUGAUAAGCGCGCGUCCAAGCAUCCCGGUUUACUCCAUUUCUAUAUCCACCUGAUUGAGAUGUCGCCGACGCCGGAGCUGGGUCUUGUCGCGGGCGAUCAUCUCCGUGAACUCGUUCCUGAUUCUGGGCAUGCGAACCAUAUGCCUUCGCAUCUGGAUGUGCUGGUUGGUGAUUACAGGGCGGCGAUUCGGGCGAACCAGCGCGCGACCAUCGCCGAUGAGAAAUAUCUAGCCCACGAAGGCGCAAUGAAUUUCUACUCCAACUACCGCAUGCACAACUACCACACGCUGAUCUACGCGGCGAUGUUUGCCGGCCAGAAAGACGUUGCGCUGGAUGCCGUGGACCGCAUGGAAGCGACGCUUCCCAAUGAGCUCCUCGUCAGCAUGGCGGAUUUUAUAGAGGUGUUCCUAUCCGUCCGCCCGCAUGUAAUGGUCCGCUUCGGCAUGUGGGAUGAAAUCAUUAACAACCUGCCCGUGCCCCAAGACCCGGUUCUGUACUGCGUCACGACCGCAAUGACAUACUACGCCAAGGGCGUCGCGCAAGCGGCGAAAGGGCAUGUCGAUGAAGCGGUGAAAUAUAGAGAGCUGUACCAGGCCGCGGCGAAAGCAGUCCCGGAGACAAGACUCGACUUCCCGAAUAAAUGCGUUGACAUUCUAGGCGUCGCGUCUGCCAUGCUGGAUGGCGAGAUCGAAUAUAGAAAGGAAAACUACGACGCCGCGUUCUCGCAUCUUGCGCACGCCGUUGAACUCGAUGAUGGCCUGGGGUAUAGCGAGCCGUGGAGCUGGAUGCAGCCUGUGCGUCAUGCGUACGCGGCCUUGCUUCUGGAGCAGAAUCAUGUUGAAGAGGCGCUUGCUAUUUACAGGACUGACCUGGGUUUGGAUGAUACUGUGCUCCGGGCGCGCAAGCAUUUGAAUAAUGUUUGGGCGCUGCAGGGGUAUCAUGAGUGCUUGGUACGGCUGGGACGCACGGCUGAAGCGAGUGUUAUUGAGCCCCAGUUGAAACUUGCUGUUGCUGUUGCAGAUGUUGAUGUCAAGUCGUCGUGUUUCUGUCGGAGGGAUACAGAAGCGGCGCCGGAUUUGCUUGGGUGCUGCCAUUAA